ACAAUCUAACCUAACCUAUAUGUUUAUUGUUUUUUUUCGAGAGGUCUCUGUCGUUUUUGCAUUGACAACAGAAGUAAAUAUAACCUCGACGAGGUUGUUUGCAUUAAUUCUUAAUUGUUCUUGCAAUCAAACUCGAUUAAUACAUCAAGAUAUUAUUAGAAUAAAUUAGAAGUAACUUAUAAAGUACCAUUCUAAUUUAAUGAAGCAUUCGGCUUAAUAUAUUCUAAUCGUGACACUCGGAACUGUGUUCUUGUCCAUUUAUUCAAGGAAGGAAGAAAGGAAGGAAGGAAGAAAGGAAGGAAGGAAGAAAGGAAGAAAGCCUGAUAUAUCUUGUUAUCUUGAACGAUAUUAUUGAUCGCGACAAAUAUGGAAAAAAAAAUACAAGAGGAUCCUAUUCGUUGUAUAUUCUUCUCUGAAUUUCAUCAUAUAGCAGGACCUAAGAUUACAUGUCAGGUGCCUGACAAUUUUAUAUCCAAGGAUAUCUUUGAUAAUGUUAGUGUUUAUAUAAUACCAAAGGCACAAUUACAAAGGAGCUUUAUCACAGUAACCUUAAAGGACUAUAAAAUCUUAGGAUUUCCUAUAAAGAUUGAUGAUAAAAAAUAUGCAAGAAAUGCAUUUUACUUCAACUUGUGCUUUGUUUGUGAUGCAACAGCUCGUACUGUUCGUUAUGAGCCGGUAGUUAAAAAGAUGUCAGACUUUUUGAUGGCUUUGGAAAUAGAGAACUGUUUUUUAUCUGCCUCAGAUGAUAAGACCAGAUUAGCAGAGAUGCUUGCACAAGUCAUGCAGGAUUUAAAUCUAUAUAAAAUGUGUACAUUAACUGAAGGAACAAUGACUUCUCACUUAAAAGUAGUAAGAUUAGCACCUGACCCCAAGCCAGUUCUCGACCAUCAGGUGCCGAUAUUUUUGGAAGGUAGAGAAGCUUUUCACAGCGAUCAAUGGGAUUUAACUACACAACAGGUGUUACCUUACAUCGACGGCUUCAACCACGUGGCACGCAUAGCGGCUGAAGCCGAUGUAGAGAAUAAUUUAGUUAAAAGCUGUGUGCAAAAUCUCGUAUAUUACGGUGUUGUGACUCUGAUCCCGAUAUUUCAAUACAGCAAUGUUUAUGCCGCGACUCCGAAGUUGAAGCAGCUCGCGGAAGAUGUCAAAUUACAGGAGAGAUGUAUAACGUACGCUUCAAAACUACCCAGACAGCCUGCACAUCUCAGGGAUAUAUAUCGUAUGUAUGCAAGCAUGACUCACGGUAACAGUAUGAGAGACCUGUGUCAGCGUCUCAAUCCGCAAAAUCUGCGAAUAAACGAGAGAAGACUAGUGCAGUUCGGUCUAAUCGAAGGACUCAUCAGGAGAGUGUACAACUAUCCUGUACUCCUCUUCCCAUCUUGCAACGAGGAAACGAAGAAUCAUGCAGUCUAUAAGUACUUCACUGGUGCGUAUAGCCUCGACGAAAUUUGUUGCAGAACAGGUCUGUCCGCUGCGCAGAUCGAAGAUAUCUUUGAACGCGAUUCGAGCAUUGUAAUGUUGUGGAAGUGAUCUCAAAGUAGACGAUGGUCUACACAGACUCGUGAGCUGUGCAUCUUGAAUAUUGAAAAAUUCCAUAUCGACAAAGAUUUUAGAUUUUAAGAUUUUUUUUACUUUAAUAUCAUGUGUCCCUCUCUCUAUAUAUAUAUAUAUAUAUAUAUAUAUAUAUAUAUAUAUAUAUAUAUAUAUGUGUGUGUAUGUGUGUGUGUGUGUCAGAGUUAUAUAGAUAAUAAAAUAGAAAGCAUACAUGACUCCUUACUUUUAAGA